ACGAAAUUUAUUGCUCGGGAAUUUAUCAAGUUAAUACAUUGGUUAGUUCUGAUAUGCUGUUGUUUUGGCAGAAACAAAAGGAUAUAGCUUAAGUUUUCGUCAUUCAAACAAAAUUUACGAUAAAAUUAAGAGAAGAGACUUCUAAAAUUGGAGAAGAAUUGAAAGUUAUACUUUCACUUUGCAUGUAUAAUUAUACAGUUACUGCAGUAUAGGUAUACGUACAUUGUAGUUUAAUAAUUUCGUUACAAAAAGAAACAGACAUGGUGAAUAGUUUACCCAUGUACCAGCGUUAGUGAAUAGCAUGUUCCUUUUAUAGAUCUGAUAUGUACACAAUGUUCCUACAAUGAACAUCUCAGUGACUGUACGGAGUUGCCUCCCCUUGGGGGACCCCCAGGGGGAUUUUUUUCAGUCCGUCGAAGAGGACAUGACGGUGGGCUCUUUUAUCAGGAAGGUGUGUCGAGAUGCAGGAAUCAGUAUGCGGUCGUCGCUGGUGUUGAAGAAUUCCAGCAACCAAGAGUUGCGAUGGUCAGCCUCGCUGAGAGAAGCGUACGUGAUGAGUGGAGCUACAUUGAUGCUGUAUGACACGGAGGAUGAUGUUGACCUUCAGACCAAGAUAAUGAACUGUAACGUGUGGUGGUAUAUCUCGGGAGCAUGCCUAGUGAUUGGACUAAUCGGACUGGUGGUCAUCAAUGUCUUGCACCAUAAGGACGGGGAACCAGAUUACAGUUAUGGUGUCGUGCUAGAUGCUGGGUCCUCACAUACAGAGUUGUUUGUGUACAAGUGGAAUACUAAUUGUCACCAUGAGACUGCCUUAGCCAAUCAGAUUCACUCCUGCAGAGUAUCAGGGCCUGGGAUAUCAAGUUAUGAGAGUGACCCCGCAGCAUUGAGGUCUAAUUUGGAGGUUUGUCUGAGAGAGGCUGAGGGGGUGGUUCCAGAUGACAAACAAGGCGGAACACCUGUGUAUCUAGGGGCAACAGCAGGAAUGAGACUUAUUCAGGCAGUGAAUUCUACGAUAUCUGAUGCAAUUAUGAAUGUAGUCAGGGAUGCUUUGGGAUCUACAAAAUUCCAUUUCUGGAAUCCCAGGGUCCAGGCUCGAAUCCUGUCUGGGUCAGAGGAGGGGCUGUUUUCAUGGAUCACGGUCAACUACGUGUCUGGAAAGUUUGGUGUGAUCCCACCACAUGAGGUGAAGCGGUCCCGACGUGCCUUGUCAGAGGCAGGGGAGAGUACUGUGGGGGCGUUAGACAUGGGCGGGGCAUCCACUCAGAUUACCUUCUACCCCGGACUGUCCAGCUCCAUGCCAGAGAAUUUCACUGGGAACGCAGUGCUUUAUGAGAAGAAUUAUACUGUGUAUACACACAGCUUCCUGUGUUACGGCAUCAAUGAAAUUACACGGAAAUACGAAGCAUUGCUUGUCAAACAACAAAACUUUACUUUGAAUGUGAGUGAUCCCUGUGGUCCCCUGGGUAGUGUAAUUGAGGAACCAUACAUGGAUGUGUUUGAAGCCCCCUGUACCAAGGGCUCAUCUACUCCACCAAUAUCCAAGAACCAGACUUUCACAUUCCAUGGGACAGGUAACUCCACCCAGUGUGCCCUGACCGUGCACCAGUUGUUCCAAUUCGACCAGCCCUGUCCAUACACCAGCUGUUCCUUUAAUGGAGUCUACCAACCCAAACUCCACGGAGAGUACUAUGCGUUCUCCAACUUUUUCUUUGAGAUGGACUUCCUGGACACAACCCGUUCCAACAAUCUCUCUGAGUUCCAGUCCGCUCUGUCCAAUGUGUGUCACAUGACCUGGGAUCAGCUAAAAGAGAAGUAUGUCAACACUUCGACCAAGUUCCUCCCAUGGUACUGCUUCCGAGGGACCUACAUGGAGAUGCUACUCCUGGACGCCUACAAGUUUGAUGAUAACUCGUGGAAAAAUCUCCACUUUAUCGAUGUGGUAAACGGCACAGAGAUUGGCUGGAGCCUGGGAUUUAUGAUCGACUCCAGCUCAGAGUUACCACAGAGUAAGAGAGAAUACUAUAUGACCAACCUCGCCUUUGCUUUGAUGAUGACCCUCUUCAUCCUCUUCAUCCUCAUCUCAGUGGGCUUCGCUUGUCAUGCUGUCAAGUUCCAACGAAGAAAACAAAAAGGAAAGUUAUAUCAGACUGCCCCAAAAUCAGAUGGAUAUGGCGCAAUCCAAUGAACGUCCAAGUUCAGACAGAGAAUAUCCAGUGAGAUGUCUCCUCCAAAUUCAGACAUUUUUGUAAAAUAAUGUUCAGUGAAAUACUGAUUACCUCCAGAAGUGGUAUUUGCCAAAAAAAUUAAAUCUGUUAAAAUUAUAUCACUCGAAACCAGAUACCAGUGAAUAAUGAAUCAGUACAUAAAAUGGUGCAGCAGUUUGUUUACAGUAAUAUUAUUGGUUGUAUUGAGAGAGAGAGAGAGAGAGAGAGAGAGAGAGAGAGAGAGAGAGGAGAGAGAAAAAAAUAGAGAGAUUCAUUUUUUUUGGCUUUAUAAGGAAAUGUGUAUUAGGAGUGUAAUAUAUUCAUGUACAUGUUAAUUAUAUUUAUAUAAAUCUGCAGCAUGUAAAAAGGUUUUUUCUCUAUUAAAUGAUGUUUGAUUUUC